GCACAGAGAAAUCCACGGUUUUCUUCUAUAAAUCAGUACCAUUUUGGAUAGUGUUGAGAGAAGUAAUAGCAAUGCAGUGUUCCAUUGUUUUCAUAUUAUUUGCGAUAACCUUUGGGGGUUCCGUGUCACAGCAUUGUGAGGUGGAUGAAUCUCAACACGAGUGCGGAGGAUACUGUUACGUAGCUGUGAAACCGGUCCUGGAGUACCUCGCCAUCCUUCAAAACCGAGUGGAGUCCUACGAGGCCAAACAGCCCGCAGAUACUCUAUCGAAAAUCGCGCAAAUGGACAAAAAGUUAGAGACUCUAGGAAAAGAGUUGGCCAUCCAGCAGGAAUUGAAAAAGAGCUCCCAACAGGUAGAUACUCUCUCACCACUGGCCGAAAUUGACAAAAAACUAGAGGCAAGAUUAGGAAGGAUCCAGCAGGAGUUGGAAAAGAGCUCCAAGCAGAUGGCAGAUACCUUAUCAAAAAUCGCGCAAACAGACGAAAAGCUAUACGCUCAAGGACGACAGAUAGAGAUCCAGCAGGAGUUGACAAAGAUCCCCACAUGGGACUUCAAAGAUUGUUGGUUUUCGAAAAAAUUGGUUCCAAAUACUAUUACAUAGAAAA